AUGGACAGUGACGGAGUGAGACAGAUAAUCUCAGCAUUAGAAGCCGUUUAUGAUCCUAAGUCAAGCAAUGAUCAGCGAAGAGAGGCACAAGCAUUUCUUGAGACGAUAAAAUCCAAUGAAGAGUCGCCGUAUUGGGGGUUUCAGUUGGCUUUACCAGAAAACAAUGGAGCUAACUAUAUAGUCAGACACUUUGGUCUCUCGCUAAUGCAAACCUCUCUAAAGUACAAAUACCACACUUUUGACUCAAUAAAGAUUACAGCAAUCAGAAACUGGAUUAUCGAGUUGUCAAAUAAAGUUGAGGAAAAGGAUCCUCAUUAUAUAAAGGAGAAAAUCGCCCUUUUAUGGGUAUCUUUGGUGAAAAGAAUUUGGGGUUCUUACCUCGUAAAAAGUGAACACCAACAAAAUGCACGCCAAGAAUUGGACAACAAAGCCCAAGAGAACAACAACAUCAACACAACCAACAAUAACAACAACAACAACAACAACACCAACAACAACAAUACAGAAUAUACACACCAGACCCCAGUCUCUGCACAAGAGAAAGAAGAUGGCUGGGUCUCAAUGGACUCUGAUUUGUGGAAUUUAUGGCAGAGCAAUAUUACAUGUCGAGAGUUAUCGCUAACGAUCCUUAGAACCCUAUUCGAGGAUAUCUAUUUGCUCGAUGACCCAAUAGCUUCCAGAAACAGUGUUAUAUUAAACCAAUUAUCGGUGUUGAUAGUGACACCAAACUCGAUUUUGGAUACGAUCUACGAGGAAAACCCUAGACUCACCAUCUGCAAAGCCUCAGCCGACGGAUGGUUCAAAGCAUGGUCAACCUUCUUGGUAGAAAUCUUAUCAAGUGGUGCAGAGUAUCAAAAUGAGCCUUACCAGAAAUUUAUUCCCAGGAUCUUAUCCACUUUCAAAACAUGCCUACACUGGAUCCAUCCAACAGUGUUGAGGGAGCAGAAUAUUAUGCAAACUCUCUUGGGGAUUUUGUCUAGUCUGGAUGUUAAAGUACGGACAUUGGCCGUGGAUUGCUUGCAUAUCCUAUUUACCAGAACCUAUCAAGAUGAAACGGAUUUCAAUUUCUUUAUUGGGUCCGUAUUUUCUACAGAAGGGAUCAACAAGUUUUCAGAGUUUUACAACUCAUUGGUGCUUGACCCAGACGACAUUGACGAGCAGGUUUACGCGUUGCUCAAGAAAACAGUCGAGAUGAUUGUUUCAUUAAGCGAGUACCUCAACAUUACUUCGAAAUACAAAAUCAACUGGGACGAGCGUGACGUUAGUGGUUAUCUUAGAUUGGUAUUGAGUACUACAGAUCAUCCAAGCUUAAUAAUUAGUGGUCUCUCGUUACAGAUGUGGGUAACUAUAUUGCGAUUUGACGAAUUGAGUGCAAAGCAACAAGUUUUGGAUAUCAUGAUGUCUUUGCUUGAAAUUUCAGCAGAUAGAACCAUCAACUAUACAUGGGAUGAGGAGCAUGUGUCGAAAAAGUUUUUUGAUGUGGACUUUGACUCGACCCCAGAUGCAAACAGCUUUUUGCAAAACUAUAGAAAAUUCAAUGAGGAUAUAGUUCGAAUCACGAUUUGUAAGAAACCCGAGGAAGGUUUUAUGUGGCUUGAAAAUAGAUUACAAAAUUUCUUUAGUUCAGAGUUGGGCAAUGCAUGUAUCAACGAGUAUAAUAUUGGAGAAAAAUCAAAAGCGCUCAAUUACGGAUUAUCACAAUUCAACAUCAUCGAGAAUAGCAUACGAGGCAUCUCGAGAUGGAGGAUUUGGUACAAUGGAGAGGACUAUGAUAUUAUCAAUGACCGACUAAGCAAGCUCGUUAUACAAUUAGGAGAACGUUUACUUGCGAUGAAUCUAGCAUCACCAUUAUUGAUCAGAAAACAAGUGCAGACUCUAGUGCAAUUUGCGCCACUUUUGAAAGAUGUCGAAGGAAGCCCCUUGAUGUUUCAAGUGUUGGAAAAAAUUUUAACCUCUGCGACUUUCCCCUAUCCGCCAGAUAUUACCGAUGAAGAGCGAGAACUAAUUAGAGACUUGAGGGCAAGCUGUGGUACCGAGUUAAACAGGUUGGCUUAUAUCAUGCCAGAGGCUUUAAAGAAAAUCUUCAACGACUUGGAAAACGUUGUUGCCAAUAUUUUGUCUUUGAAAAAAGUCAGCGACCAUGAAAAUGUAGCCUUCAAGUCCUUUUUGUUGGUUAUUGCAUCUAGAUCUUCCAUAGAUGACAAAAACGACCUUUUUGCCAAGAUAGUUGAUCCUGAUUUGGCAGCUUGGUCUGCUCCGGAAACUGAAAAAGGUUUAUUGGAUCUACACUGGUUUAUGGAAAGAAUAGGUAUCGUUCAAAUUGCCACAUACUUUCAAAAACGUGGCAUCACGGCGACAACAAAUUUGCUCGAGGCAACUAUGGAUGAAGAGGGCAAAGCCUUGAAGAAUUCGUUAAAGGACCACUGGAGCUCGAUCUUCCCCAUUAGAGCAACUCGUAUAUUUAUUCAAUACAGUAUUGAGAAAUUAAACCACGAGCUGCCAGAGUAUCUCAAUUUGCUCAAAUUGUGGAAACCAAGAGUGCAACCAAUUGUGCCCCAUAUCUUGCAAUUGCUCACUCAAAUUCAAGCAUAUCACGACCCUGCAAAUUGGGUAGACUUACCUACAGAAGUGCAAAGCUUUGUGAAGUAUAGUUGUACCGAAAGAUUCUGGCAGCAAGGUGUUUCGAUACAAUCCAAGGAGACUUUUAUCGAGGAAAAUGUGAAAGCAGCGUUAACAUUGCGAGAUUUUGCCGAUUCUGUUGGUCAUUUGAUUCGAUAUACUAGGGAGUAUGCAUUCUUAACAGUUGGCUCUUUAGCACAGUUGGAGGACACAUUAUAUGAAAUACCAAAUAUCGCUGCAAUGAUAUGGAAAGCUGUUGCUGGUGACACUGUUGGGGUAACUUUACACUCCUGGAAGCACAUGAUCAAUAGCUGUCUUCGUGUGGUUGUUAAAUUCUGCCCUGUAAAGUAUGUUGAGGUAUUUAUGAGCGAACUUUUACCCAUGGCUUUGAGUGAUAUUGACGAAUUAAUCGUGACCCGAUGGGACAAAGUAUACAAGAGUGGUCUUCAGCUACUGGGAAAUGAAGAUGGCGAAACCUUAUCCGAAGAGAUGAUGGAAGAACAUAUGCUUCGACAAUUGACAGCAACAGUGGUGAGAUUCUUGAUGGACAUUGUGGGUCAGUACAAUUCCAAAACCAUGUCCGAUAUUCAAUUUGCUAGUCGUAAACUCGUCAUUGGACGCAAAGUGGUCUUGGCGCCAUUUUUGCAGUUGUGCUGCCAUUUGAUAACAUUGAAGGAUACGAAAUGUUCGUUCAACACUAUCUUGGUGGUGCGAAACAUUUUGAAUGAGAUUACUUUAAAGGAUGAUGAAGUUGACAAGUUUCUAAGUGACAACUUGGUCAAAGCGUUAUUGCAAGUGUUGUUAGACGAUUAUUUUAUUGAAACACACGGUGAAGCAGCACUCGCAUUAACAACAUUAUAUUGUCAGCUCCGGUCAAAGAAUGACUAUGCUGCAAGAGUUUUGAUCCAAACACUUCCGAAUAUCAAAGCGCAACAUAUUUCAAACUUUGAGUCACUUUUAGUCUCUUCCAAAUCCUUGAGACACCAACGAGCUGCAUUGCUUGAACUUGUCAAGAUUUCCAAGGACAAUGGUAAUGCAGGAUAUGAGGAAGAUGAGAUGAGUAAAAGGAAGAGACAAUUGGACCAGGCCGCUAAGCGGAAGAAAGUUGGUGGGGAUGGAGACGUUAUGAAUGACCCCUAUUUGGAAAACGGAGCUCUCGGUAAUUUAUUUGGAGAAGAGUAA